UUACCACCUCGGAGCAUGGCUUACAAUCGGCCACCUCGUUCCCUUCAACUAACAAUUGUUGCAGACAUGGGUCAUAUGAUUGAUCACAAUUAUAUAUACUUACUUCGCCCCAUUCCUCUUUCUCACUCUGAAAUGCCCAAGCCACUCAUGGAGAUGCUGCUUAUCCAACUCCAAGCAAUUGGUGGUGUAUUAGCUCUAGCUCUCUUGAUCUACCAUCUAUGGAUCCCAAAAGGUACCACCUAUGUUGAUAACAAGAGUAAGGUCACAGAAGCCCCGGAAGCACCGGGAGCAUGGCCUAUAAUCGGUCACCUCCUUCAGUUAUCUCAGCCACUCCAUCGAACACUUGCAGCCAUGGCCGACAAGCAUGGACCAGCCUUCACUGUCCGAUUUGGUGUUCAUCGGACACUUAUCAUCAGCAGCAGGGAAUUAGCCAUGGAGUGCUUCACCAUUAACGACAGAGCUCUUGCUAGCCGUCCAAGAAGUGCCUCAAGCAACCACUUGAGCUAUGACUAUGCAUUAAUGGGUUUGGCCCCCUAUGGACCUUACUGGCGUGAAGUACGCAAGUGGGUGGUUCUUGAGCUACUCUCCACCCGCCGGCUGGUGUCACUCAGGCAAGUUAGAUAUGCAGAGAUCGAAAAUUGUGUCAAGGAUCUAUAUGGGCUUUGGGUGAGAAACAAUAGGAAUCAGAUUAAGGUCGAAAUGAAUCGAUUGUUUCGAGAUCUAACCAUGAAUAUUGUUCUUAAGAUGGUUGUCUGUAAACGAUAUUUCAGUUUUGUCGAUGGUGAGAACAAUGAAGAGGUCCAGAGGAUCCAAAGUCUCAUAGUUGAUUUCUUUAAAUACGUAGGUGUCUCAGUUGCAUCAGAUGUGCUUCCCAGCUUUCUAUCAUGGUUUGAUUGGGAUGGGCAACAAAGGACAAUGAAGAAAAUUGCUAAAGAGAUGGACGUGCUUGCUGAGAGCUGGCUCCAAGAACAUCGGCAAAAGAGAGUAUCUGAGAAGACUACUGAUGGUGAUCAGCAGCAAGACUUCAUGGAUGUGAUGCUUUCAUUUCUUGAAGAAGAUGCUCAAUUACACGGCCAUGAUCGUGAUACAAUAGUGAAGGCAACUGCACUGAAUAUGAUCGUAGCUGCUACAGAUACCACUGCAUUAUCUCUUUCAUGGGUUCUUUCUUUGUUACUGAACCACAAAGAAGUGUUAACAAAGGCUCAAGAAGAAUUGGAUUUCCACAUUGGGAAGGAUAGGAAUGUUGAAGAAGAAGACAUAGAUAACCUAGUGUAUCUCCAAGCAAUAAUCAAGGAAACAUUUCGUCUAUACCCUGCAGGACCCCUUUUAGCACCCCAUGUAGCCAUGGAAGACUGUACUUUUUCAAGUGGCUUCAGAGUCACAAAAGGAACACGUGUGUUAGUGAAUGCUUGGAAGAUACAUCGAGACCCACAGGUUUGGACAAACCCUUUGGAAUUCCAACCCGAGAGAUUUCUUACUAGGCAUGCUGAUAUGGAUGUACGGGGAAAAAGCUUUGAGUUGAUUCCUUUCGGGUCUGGUAGAAGAUCAUGCCCGGGGAUGAUGUUUGCCCUAAAAACCAUGAACAUGAUGGUUGCUCGUUUGCUUCAUGGGUUCAAUCUGCAAACACCCUCUGAUAAGCCUGUAGAUAUGACUGAGGGCACUGGUUUAACCAUGCCCAAGGAAUUCCCAUUGGAAGUCCUCCUUAGCCCUCGACUUCCUUAUUCCCAUCUAUAUGAAUAAGGGUAGUGUAACUAAAAAGCUUUCUUCAUCCUUAAUGAGGGCUGGGGAAUAUGGGUUAAUUCAAGAAUAAAUGGUUGUGUUAACUGUUGAGAGUAUUUUCCCUUUUAACUUGAAGGGAAUGUUAACUUAACACCUAGUGUUCAUCUGAAUUCUUGGCCAACCUGAUGUAUUUACAUGCAAGUAAUAGUGCAUGAGGUUAUUUAAAUAGUAGACAUUUAUGAAUAA